AUGUCGAGAAUCGAGAGAAAAGGUUUUACUGGGGAAAACUGCGAAGAAAACAUCGAUGAAUGUGGAUCUAACCCUUGCCUUAAUGGAGCAACUUGCGAGGACAGUAUUAACUCCUAUGCAUGUCAGUGUGCGCCGGGAUACGAAGGGGAUGGAUGCGACCUAGACAUCGAUGAAUGUUUGUUGGCACCGUGUCAGAACAACGGUACCUGUGUAAACUAUGCUGGUUCCUAUGAAUGCCGAUGUCCUGAUGAGUUUCACGGGCACAACUGCGAGUAUGAGAUCAACGCCUGUUCUCCGAAUCCCUGCCAGAAUGGAGCGACUUGUGAAAGUGUUCCUGGCGACGUGUUAGGUUACAAGUGCAUUUGCACCCCUGGUUAUUCCAACACAAACUGCUCUCGCGACAUCAAUGAAUGCAACUGUGACCCUUGUCUCAAUGGAGGGUCGUGUACUGAUGAAGUGGCCCGCUACACAUGCGAUUGUCCGAACGGAUACAAAGGGGAUAGAUGCGAGAUUGACAUCGAUCUGUGUGCAGAUGUUGCUUGUGAAAACAACGCCACAUGUAUUGACUUCGGUACUUCUUGGACCUGUUUCUGUACCUCUCCUUACGCCGGCACAUUCUGCGAGAAAAACAAAACUAUUUGCGAUGACGACCCCUGCCAGCAUGGCGGCAAUUGCACCAAUUUAGCGGGAAAUGAGUUCAGCUGCGAAUGUCGUGCAGGAUUUACAGGUCAAAGUUGUGAGAUUGUCAUAGACGCAUGCUUGUCUGGUCCAUGUUCCAACGAUGCAUCGUGCAGUACUGAUCCGAAUGGACACUCUCUAUGUCUAUGCACACCAGGUUAUACAGGGUCUUUCUGCGAAGAUGAUAUGAACGAAUGCAUAGCAGAGCCUUGCGGUGCCAACGGAACAUGCAUCGACAAGAUCGCCUCUUAUGAAUGCCACUGCGCAGAUGGCUGGAAAGGACCAAACUGUGCAGUGAAAACGAACUUCUGUGAGGAGAACCCGUGUGACAAUGGUGGCACUUGCAAUAAUGUGGAGGAUGGCUAUGUCUGUAUUUGCUCUGCAGGCUACAGAGAUUAUGAAGCUAAAACUAAAACCGUAUCAUAUAAGAUUAGCUGCAUUUACCUGACUGUCAAGAAGGUCCAGAACUUGUACAACACACCCAUCAAACUUUUGGCCUACCACGUUUUCGGUGACCCUCAACAUGACUUUUGA